AUGUGUCCUCCCCAUCAUCUGAUUCAGCAACUACGCCGAGCGCAUUCCAUUUUCCUUCUUCAUCAUGAUAUCACACUUGACGCUUUAUACGAACGUGUUGGCAGGUCCACACUCUGCCCCCUCCUAGAGAACUUCUGGUUGCGAUUUGCCUGGAACUGGGAUAUUCUUCUCAGUGGAAACCCUGCUGUGGAUGUGUAUAAUGGCAUAAAGCUUUCUGCUGGCGGCGAGCUGGGCAUUGGUGUCGGCGAGGAAGAGUGGGGAAGCGGGGAGAGGGAGGUAUUUGAAGACUUUGUGGCACGGACAGAUGGCCUUCUGGAUCUAGUGGUGUCUCGAUUUGGUGAUCCGACUACGCCUGGUGAGUAUGCUGCAAUCGCAAAUAAAUCAACAGAUACCAUGCGCGAUGACGAUGGAACGCACUGGCUUGGUUUAGACAUAUGUCCUCGACCAUCAGACGGUGUUAUAUUCUCAGGUGUAGGAACUAUCUCCAGGUCUUCUGUGGUGCGCAUCUCACAGUGGAUGGAGUGGAUCUACAGAUACGGCAUCGACGCGUAUGGGGUGGGUGAAGACCCAACAUCACCACGACGUCGAAAACACCGAAGGAAACAACGAGGUCGCUCUGGAAGAGAUCCAAAUGCAGUACCACAAGUUAGAGAAAUUCCCCAAACUAGAGACACAGAUGGCAGUUUCUCUCCAGGUAUACCACGCCCACUGGUGAUGGGGACGACACAAUCAACGCAGCCUCCACAAGGGUCUGAUGGAGUAAGUCUACAAUCUAGCGGCGAAAGCUCCCCAGCAAGAAGUGAGAAAGGCAGUGAUUGGAUGGGUGUGACAACUGGUGCAUUUGUGAAAUACCUCACGCUCGGAUACGGUUCGUCCUGGAGCAUGUCUAGGACAUCGAGCGCACAUCCCCGCGUUGAAGCACUGAAGCGAGAAGACGACUCAGCCAACUCGAACAAGCAGACAGGUCCACCUACAGAUGGUCAGGGGGGAUCGGAAGAAAGUCCUUCUCUACCUGAGGAUCCUCCCAAACCUGAAAGCCGUGGCACAAUACAACAACGAGCAGUAGUCUACAUACACAAACCUUUCAUCUAUACUUUUCUGUUCGACCCUCAAGCUUCGUCUCUGGGAGACCCAGCUCUCUAUCACAGUAUCCACCACCAACUACAACCUCUCCAAGGGUCACUCAGCAAGUCAACGUCACCUGCAAAUGCCACAGCCAGAAUCUCUGUAUCUGGAAAUGCAUUUGAUAUCAAUCAACGAUUCUCAUCCGAGAAUCUACCGUUUUACGAUCUUGUCUACGACCCAACCAAUCUAACAAUCCGCUCUUCAAUCCCCAACAUCCCUGACCUCGGUUUCUCCCCUGUAGAAGCUCCGCGGGAUCCCAGCGCAACACCCUGGUCGCGUGUCGAAAGCCUCAACAUCCACCACCGCUUACUGAGCACCUACAUAGAAACCCGAUCCCGACCGCUCGAGCUAGAAAGAACCUGCAAAACAAGUCGUGGCUGGUGGAUUGUUUGGGUGCGAAUGUCCGACCCAUCGUACAAACCCACCAGUGACGAUAGUAGCACCUCUCAGCCCGACGACCCUCGCCAGGAGGCAUUCCUAAUCCGGAAGGCAAGUGACCAUGCCUCGACGUCUUCGCACGCUCGCAGCCAUAGCGGGACUCGGUUCUUCAGGGAUCUGGGCGGUGCGUCUUCGCCGGGACUAUCGGAUAUGGGGCCGGCCAGGUUGGCUGAGGGGUUGGGGCUGGAUGCAAGGCGGUAUAUUGAAAGUUUACUCAAUCUGAACCGAUGAUUCUAUGAAAAGAUACAGUCUUUGUCGGUGACGGUCGGUAUUUAUUUUUAUGUUUCUCUUGUUUUCGAAUGACGUGGAGGUUGUAAUAUUGAAAUUAAUACUCUGUGACGAUUUUUUUUUUUUUUCAAAGGAGCACCGCCUAUUCUUAUAGGGUAUAGAAUUAUGUACAUGUCUUACUGCCCCCGAAGCAGUAGUACUAGUACAAUUAAUGGAUGGAAGAGGGAGGGACCAGUUUUCUCUAGACAUCAAGCCUUGUCAAUCAAGUCCCCGCCUAAGGAACUAAAUUAAGGAUAGAUAUAUCACUUCAAUUCUCCUGUGUCAGUCUAAUUCAAUUCCUUUUUCCCCUAUCGGACAGGAGGUAGCUGCCAAUUCCAUAAUUAGGCAUGCUGGACUAAUGCAAUCCUGCGUAGUCUAAGGUGCUAAUGCUAACGGGCCGCCCACAUGUUACUAUCAAUAGUACGAUCUUACCA